AUGUGGACCGGCGACGAUCUACAACGUUUGGUAAGCCGGGAACUGAGCGAUUAUCGGCUGAUCGUGGUGUCGAAUCGACAGCCGUACGUAUUUAAGAUGGUGGACGGUGUGCCGCGUGGCGAGAUGCCCCCUGGCGGCCUCACCGCGGCCAUCGACCCGCUGAUGCGCGCUUGCGGUGGAACUUGGAUCGCCCAGAGCAACGGCGAAGAUGACCUGGCGGCGAUGGAUGACUCCGGCCGAAUUCGGGUACCUACCGAUGCCCCUGCUUACUCCAUGCGGUUGCUCAACUUGAGCGACGAGGAGAACACGGGCUUUUACUACGGUUUCGCCAACGAGGGCCUGUGGCCGUUAUGCCACAUCGCCUACACCGAACCCGUAUUCGACGCCGAGCACUAUGGCUUCUAUCAAUCAGUGAACCGUCGUUUCGCCGAUCUGGUGCUCGACGAGAUCAACGACGAGCCGGCCAUAGUCCUCAUUCAGGACUAUCACCUUGCCCUGCUCCCCAGGUACAUCCGCGAGGUCAGUCCCGACACUAUCAUCGGGCAAUUCUGGCACAUCCCCUGGCCCAAUCCGGACAUCCUGCGGAUUUGCCCUUGGCAGGACGAAAUCCUCGACGGCAUGUUGGGCAACGACCUUCUGGGUUUCCACCUCUCGGGAGACUGCCAGAACUUCAUCAGCUGCGUCGACGCCAACCUGGACGCCCAGGUCGACCCGGAAUACGGGCUGAUCGACUACCGCGACGAGACCACCCUGGUGCGUCCGUUCCCUAUCAGCAUCGAUUUCGACAACCUCGACACCGAGGCUCGAUCCGAAGAGGUCGAAGACGAGAUGGCGCGCCUGUCGCGGGAACUGGGAUUGAACCGUGGCCGCAUCCUGGGCCUCGGCAUCGACCGGCAGGAUUACACCAAGGGCAUCCCUCAUCGCCUUCGGGCCGUCGAGCGCCUGUUUGAAAAAUGGCCCCAGUACCGCGGCCGGUUGGUUUUCCUUCAGGCCGGAGCCACCAGCCGAACCAGCAUCAAUUCAUACAUGCAGCUCACCAUCGAUAUCGAGUCCGCCGUCAACCGCAUCAACGAGCGGUUCGGUCACGACGGCUGGCAACCGGUCCUCUAUUGGCCCACUUCGUUGCCCUCUACUACCUUCUCCGCCCUCCGGCGUCUCGCCAGUUUCUGCGCCGAGAGCAGCCUUCACGACGGCAUGAACCUCGUCGCCAAGGAAUACGUGGCCUCGCGGGUUGACGACGACGGCGUGCUGAUCCUCAGCGCUUUCGCCGGCGCCGCCCAGGAACUCACCGGCUCCCUGAUAAUCAACCCCUACGCCACCGAGCAGUUCGCCGAAGCCAUCCACCAAGCCCUGACCAUGAGCGAUGCUGAGCGGCGGAUCCGGAUGCGUCAGAUGCGAAAUACGGUCCGCGAGAACAAUAUUUACAAAUGGGCCGGCCGCAUCAUGAUGAACCUCAUGCAGGCCAGCACCCCCGAUCACUCCCGCCUGACCACCACUGCCUGA